AAAUCCAAGAAUUAAUCAUGAUUCACAGGAAAAAAAACUCACUAAUAAUAGACUUACUAGACAGGUUUAACAUUAUUAUCCCAUCCCAACAAUGAUGAGCCUUCACUCACCAAAUCCGUUUCAUUGCAUUUGCCCCAUCCGUCAACUCUGCAAUUAAAAGCUCCGCUUUCCUUCUCCGCGGUUUUCGCCCAACAAAGGAAAAUCCUUUUUAUCUUCGUCUUCCGCCCGAGGCGCACGUAGCUUCUCCAAGGAUCUAUUAAAAACACAAACUUCCCCUAUUCUCUCUCUCUCUUUGUUUCGUCUUACAGGAACCCUAGAUUUCCGGCUGCGAUCGUGAAAAUGUUGGUCUUAUAGUGGAUGAUGAAAAAUUUGAACUUCGGGAUUCAGUCAAAACACCAAAGAACUGAGCGGCCUUGGUGACAAAAGAAUUAACCAGCAAGCUUUAAGAGCUCUUCCAGAUUUGAGUACUGAGAAAUACAUACAUUGCAAGCAUAAAUGGGUGCUUUUUGCUGCUGUCCAUGUGGUGAUGAGCAUGAAGAAUAUGCUUAUCCUAGCAAUUCAAUAUAUAGGCACUGCAUCUGCCUAAGAUUCUUCUUCUACCAGCUAUUCACUGGGUAUGGUGCAAUGUUUCAUAGAUUGGAAGGGCGGCCUGUAUCAUCCCAGAUCCAAGGAGCUUCUUUGUCAUCAACAGCAAUUGCUACUGCAGUGCCAGAUAAUUCAAUCAAUGAAACUCAUGUUACAAUGUCUAGACCAGUCCCUUAUGAUUCUGAGCAGAGGUACUCUCGUUUACAGCGUGAUGGCUUGGUCUCUAGGCGUGAUAAGUCUGUGACUCAUUUUCAAGAAGAAACACAACCACUGAGAAGAAAUAUGAGCAGUUCUGGUGUAGAAUCAUUGGGUAUUGGGAAGAAGCGAAAUGGAGUUGAUUCAGAAGAAGACUCUAAGAUUGGCCAUCCUGAGUCAUCAGAGAGGACUUUGGCUACAAAAGUUGCAUAUGGACCUACUUACAUGCAGUCUUCAUCUGAAGAUGAAGAUGUCUGCCCCACUUGUCUUGAUGAAUAUACCCCUGAAAAUCCUAAAAUCACUACGCGGUGCUCACACCAUUUUCAUCUUGGUUGUAUUUAUGAAUGGUUGGAAAGGAGUGAAAGUUGUCCGAUAUGUGGCAAGGAGAUGGAGUUCUGUGAAAGUCCUUAAGUCUAUUACAUCUGAUUUCAAUGCAAUGGAGCAAAUACAUAUAGAGCUGCUGGUAAUAUCAGUAUAUAUAAAGCUUUCUGAUAUUUUAUUAAAGAGGCAUGACAUGUAUAGAAGCUGUUGUUCUUUAUGUCACUAGUUGUACUACUUGGUUAUUUCUUCGUACUCAUACUUAAAUGUUCAUGAUGUUACUUUUUAUGUAAAAAAACUAAUAAUUUGUGUGAAGUUAUGUUAACUGCUUGUAAACAUAAUUGUCAUGGAAUCAACUCAAUGACAUGUAACAAUCAAUACCAGCUGCAAUUUGUUCCUCAGUUGAUGAAAUUACCUAAGCUAAAUAUGCUGAUGGUACAAGAAGGAUGAGGAUUAGUUAUGGAAUAAAAUAAAGAAAUUAAACCUG